UAUAUAACGGGUUUGAACUUAUGCUGCACGAAUUUUAAACGCGGGAUAAAGUUUCUUUUGUUUAAAUCUUUUAAUAACAUUGAAUCUCACAUUGGAAAACCCUUUGAUUUGGGAGAGACACUUUAAUUGCAAGCGAAUCAACAAACGCUUGAAAUUUAAAGUGGUCUAGAUUAACAGAUAACAAAAUGGUUAAGAUUAAACUGGAGUUCGCUUCUAAAUGGUCCUUCUUGGUAACUCUUUUGAUGUUAUUUUCCUCGCCUAUCCAUAGCAUGACUCCGGAAGAAAAACAACAAGUUAAUGCUGGCCUUGAACUUGGAAAAGGGAUAGCGGAACUGCUUGAAAAGAAGGAAUUCACAACGUCUUUAACAAAGAUCGCAAAAGGUAUUGGUCCCUACCUUGGUGCAUUAGGUCCAUUUAUAGGGGUCGUCAUGGCGUUCAUUCCAUCAGAAUCUGAGGAGUUGGGUUUCAUGAAAGAUAUGAUGAAAACUAUCGACAAUCGAUUGGAUAGAGUUGAUAAUCGAUUUAACGACGUCGAGCGGUUGAUUCAGUGGAAUAUUGUUGCAAUCAAUUUCGGGCAACUAGAACAAAGGAUCAAUGCUGUGUCGCGAGAGUUUCAAUAUAUUUAUGCUGUUCCGCAGGUUGCUGUGAAAAACAGAAAGACAAUUUUUAUUGCGAAUUAUGAAGGUGAUUUUCAGAAUAGUGGCACAAAAUUGUAUCAAGCCAUCGUCCAAAAGCAAGAUACAUUUCAAGAAGAUCUUGGUACUUCCGUUUUGCGGUAUACCGAAAAUGACCGCAAGAAGACGCAGGUAUUUCUUCUCGGUGUAAUGCAACUUCUUUUUCAAGCUGUAAAAGUUGAAUUGGGCUAUCUUUUUGUUAACAAAUUUACCCACAAUGCAAAUUUUAUGAAGUCUGAUUGGGAAAAGAGAAUAAAAGAAGUGAAAGGGAAGUUCGAGCAAAUUGACUACCAGUGCACUAAUGUAAAUUAUCACCCCCAAUGCGGGAAAGAUAUUGACGCAUACGCUGCUACAAACAGUGGUCAGACAAAUGGCCAAUUUGCCACUGGACUCUUUCGUCUCCUUGGUGGCAAAUACUACUGGAGGGACUGGGUUGUUCUCGCCUAUGACCCCAUAUCUGGCGGUGCCAAUCAUUGGGUAGGGGUUGGUGGGGGACACAUCAAAUUUAGGAAAAAUGGAAGAAACAUUGUAGUGGCUAGUGUGGACAAGAGCCGGUCAGUCAUGAAUUUAGCAAGAGCUGAGAAGAAUAUGAAAGCAGUAGCCGAGAAAAAACGUGUUGGAAAUUGGUGGCAAGGAUACAGGAACGUCCUUAAAACUGCACAAGACAUUUUCAACUCCUUAGAUAGAAAAGGUGCCUCAUUUAUUUGUGUUGUAAGAAAUGGAAAGCAUGCGCAUUUACAUUUUCAUUCUAACAGAAUAAAAACCGUCCAAAGAACAUAUUUUUACCUCGCGAUGUGGGGUUAAAAGAUUUUAGAAUGAACACUCUAAUUUAUUGGUAUUGCCAAGCACUGAUCAAAUAAAUAUUUAGAAUUCAAA